AUGCUUUCUGAAUCAUUUGUCACACUCUUGACCAGUGACGGGCUUUCGUAUCAGCAAAUCACGUUUCUCACGUUCCAGGCUGUUGUUGAGGUUGUUCUUAUCUGUUUAUCGGGUUUUUGGGCCGCCAGAACGGGUCUUUUAAAUAAUGAAGCAACCAAAGUCAUUUCGAGGCUCAAUGUUGACCUUUUCACGCCAGCCCUUAUCUUUACCAAACUCGCAUCUUCCUUGUCGCUGAAGAAGCUUCUCGAGGUUAUCAUCAUCCCGAUCCUCUAUGCCAUCACAACCGGUGUUUCAUACGUCGCCUCCUUGUGGACUUCUAGCGUAUUGGGCUUAUCAGAGCCCGAAUCCAAUUUCGUGACAGCCAUGGCUGUUUUUGGCAACUCAAACUCUUUGCCCGUCUCUCUCACGCUAGCGCUUGCUUACACUCUUCCGGGACUCGAAUGGGACGAUGUCGAGGACGACUCUCCGGACCAGAUCGCGUCCAGGGGACUUAUUUAUCUGCUUAUAUUCCAGCAACUGGGCCAAAUGCUCAGAUGGUCCUGGGGAUACAACAGCUUACUGAAAAAACAGCAACCACUUUUGCUCCCCAUCGAAAGCCCCGAUUCGGAUCCUGAACGUCAAGCUUUAACACCAGAUAGACCUUCGAGUUACGGCUCUGUGGUGGACCAACCCCAGGAGGAAGAAAGAUUGCUUUCUCCCCCGCCCAACGCUGACGGCAGAUGGAGCGAAGGAUCUUCGAUUUCUUCGCACGAAACAAUAUCCAAAGGCGGUGGAGUCGAAGAGGAAACUGAGAACCAAGACACGUCUGUGGAAACUGUUCCCAGACCGAUUGUGGUGCGAGUCUUUUUGAAAUUCUUGUCCGCCAUGAAUCCUCCUCUUUGGGCCAUGCUUAUCUCCGUGAUCGUGGCUAGUAUACCGCAAAUCAGAUACGAGUUUUACGAGCGGAACGGUUUCAUCCAAAACACAGUGGCCAAUGCCAUCAAACAGCUGGGAUCGGUGUCUAUUCCACUGAUCUUGGUGGUUUUGGGAGCCAACCUGGCCCCAUCGUCAGAAAUCCCACCAGCAUGUCCCAACUACUCAAAAAUGAUCUUUGGAUCUCUUAUUUCCCGGAUGGUGCUACCGUCUAUUGUUCUGCUGCCGGUGAUCACGUUUGCAGUCAAGUACAUCAGUUUGAGCAUUUUAGACGACCCAAUUUUCCUGGUGACAUCAUUUUUACUGAUUACGUCUCCGCCAGCUAUCCAGCUUUCGCAGAUCUGCCAGCUGAACGAGAUUUACCAGAAAGAGAUGGCCGGCGUCUUGUUUUACGGAUACGUUAUCCUGACGCUUCCCGUUACUAUCGUGAUUGUUGUUUCUGCUUUAGAGUGUUUGAAAUGGGCCAAGCCGUUGUAG